AUGUCAAUUGUCAGUGUCGGUCAUCGUCUGUCUGAAGUGUCUUGUGUCUGUCACAAAUUUUACCUUAAACUAAACUCUUUCUUGCAGGUUGUUUGUUGUUUGUGACUUCUCUUUCAAUUAUUUAACUCCUUGUUUGUGACUUCGUUGGUAGCCAAGACGCAAAAUUUAAUAACGAUGAAACCGACGGUAGCGGCAGAUGAAAUGUUUCCUGAAGGCGUUGGACCAUACAUGGAUUUAGAAGAAGCUGGUGGCCCUUCAAAUCUACUUAUGGACCUGGCAGCAAACGAAAAGGCAGUUCAUUCAGAUUUUUUCAAUGAUUUUGAAGACUUAUUUGAUGAUGAUGAUUUGAAGUGAAUAGAUGCCUAUUAAAUUUAUUUUAGAUGAAAAGUUUUUUUAAUAAAUAAAAUAAUAAAUUGUA